AUGGCAGCUCAACGCACCAUCCUCGUCACAGCCGCAGCAGGCAAUAUCGGCUCUGAACUCGUCCCGCAGCUCCUCUCUCACGAUGGCAUCAAGGUCGUCCUGCCCACCUCCAACGCCGAGCGCCUCAAGUCAAAGCUCCCAAGCACAGCUUCAGCCGGGAACACUGCAAUAGAACAAGGCAACAUCAAGGACGCCCAAUGGAUCCAGUCUCUCCUGACCACCCACAACGUCGACUCCGUCUUCCUCUGCCUCACCGGCUCCGACGAGAUCUUCACCACGCUCAACUUCCUCGACGCCAUGCAGCGGGCGGGGACAGUGAAGCACUUGGUCUACCUCUCGGCCUGCGGCGACUACGUGAGUCCCGAAGGUUUCCGAAACCUCCUGAGCAUCUGCUCCGCCGGACACGUCUUGGUCAAACCCCUGAUCGAGCAGAAGCUUGCGUAUGCCGAGUUCCCGUGGACGACUACCGUCUUGGGGCCGACGCUGUUCAUGAGCAACGAUGUGAGGAGCAAGGGCAGUAUGCUGAAGGAUGGAUUCUUCGACGAGCCGCUUGGCACGAAGGGCGUGAGCAGGGUGAACACUUCGGACAUCGCCCUUGCAGCCUGCAACGCCUUCCUCGCCACCGAGAAAUGGGGCGGGAAGAAAGUGAUGAUCGGCUCGCUGCGCCGCUUCACCGAUUCCGACGUCACGGCCCUCUGGUCCACAGCCCUUGGCGGGAAGGCUAUCAACAUGUGCCGUAGUGACGAAGCUGGCCUGCUAAGCUUUGAGAACCACUUCGAGAGCAUGAUUGGGGGCGGACGGCCCAAUGCCGAGAAGAGCGGCUGGGGCAGGGAUCUGAGAAUGAUGUAUGAGAUGUUUGAAAAGGUUGGGUUCGGAAUGAGUGAGCAGGAGUAUGGGGAGCAAGUUAAGUUGCUGGGGAAGGAGCCGGAGGAAUACGAAGCAUGGGUGCAGAGGACGGGGCAAAGUUGGAUUUGA